AGAGGGAGGGAAGGAGGGAGUGGAGCUGUGAGGAUGAAAACAGAGGAAGCUUCCUGGGUCACUCAGCAGACUGAAUUCUGAACAGUUCCUGUCAGCUGAAGAAUUUGCAUUAACGAAGAUGAAGAAAGUUCUGAAAAAUGUUUUGGCUUUGGUGAAGGAGCACCCAUGUGGGAUCCCUCUGGAGAAGAUUGAUCUGUUCUAUAAUAUGAAAUACCAAAAAAAGCUGUCUUUGUCCUCCUUGGGCUUCACCUCCAUGGAUGGCUUGGUCGCAUCUCUGGAUGAGUUGGUUGUGAGUGGGGAACUGGUCUUCUAUAAGGCUCAUCUUCAAGGUCAAGGUCAAGAUGGGGCAUCAACAGAAGCAGGAAAGAACAGCAAAAAAUCCAAGAAGGUUCUCCAAAAUAUAGUGGAAAUUGUUAAGAUGCAUCGAAAUGGGAUUCCUCUGAAGAAGCUGGCUGUAAUUUAUAACCAGAAUUACCACCAGAAUCUUACCUUGGCCUCUUUAGGAUUCAACACCAUUACCUGUCUAGUAGAGUCACUGGAUGCUGAUUUGGUAGUUGAGGGACAGCAGGUGUUCCAUAAGAGCCACCGGCCUCAAAAUCAGCACGGAGCUGGCACAUUACCUGAAACACCACAAACAGCCGAGUCACAUAUUCGGAACAGUGACAUUAUCCAAAGUGUUCCUGUGUCACGGGUGCCUAUGACCUUUGGUUGCAACCCUCAUACAGAAAUUAUAUUUGGAGCUGCUUUGAGUCCAGCUUCCUCUUUAUUCUCCACCAGUGGCCUUGUUGGUAAACCAGUUAUGAUUCCAUCCCAGCCAGCUGAGAAACUGACCCAAGGCCAGCUGCUCGAGAGGGUCACAGAGGUAAUGAAAAUAUACCAACCGAAAACAAUUCAACAACUAAUAACUGACUAUGCGCAACAGUUUGGCACAGAAUUACCUCUGGACCAGUACAUGUCUCUGUAUGAUCACUGGGAAGCCGGAAAACUGGACAUUCAGUCUGGACCAGUAGCAAAAUAUGGAGCAGCGAAACAUUCCAAGCCUGUUCUUUCACAAACCACUCCAGAUGCUCCCAAACAGCACAAGGACACAGACUCUGACCAGACACCGGACGUCCAGAAAACUCCUGAGAGAGAACAGCGAGAGCAAGCAGGCAGCAUCAUCAGUGAGUUAGACUUCCCAGCCCUGGGAUCAAACAUCAAAUCAACCAGAGAGCAGACGCACAAGGCGCCACACAAAGACGGCAGCCUGCCCGUCUUCAGGGACGCUUAUCACGCCCAGCUGAGAGAGAGGCACGGAGACAAUGUGCGGGCGCAAGAGGCCGCAGAGAGGGACGAGAAAGAACUGGGCCAAAGGAGACACAGGAACCUGAAUCCUGACGUGGUCAACAGCCUGGCAGAGGAUGUGAUACGAGAGAUCGCUGCAGCGGGGGAUAACGUUACCAAAGAAAAGGUGAUGUCCAGAGUGUGCACAUUGCUGCAGAUUUCUUAUCAGGAAGCAGAUAGGCUCAGGUUCUGGAAAAUUCAAGCUCUGAAAGACCUCGAGUACACCAUGAGAGAGAUCAACAUGUUCAUACAGUGCACUGAAGCAGUGAUGGCCAUCUGCACCUUGUAUGAGCUGGGCCAGGCACUGGCUGCUCUGAAGGACAAGAAGCGCUAUGAAGAGCUGAACCUGGGGCCCCUCUGCAAACUGCCGCUCAUCCAUCGCUUGUUCAAGAUCGACGGCAACACCAAGGAUGAUGAUAUCCACCAGAUCGAGACAGUAGACAUCUUAAGGCAACUUCAGCUUUUUCGGCAAAAAAACAAAGGCACAGUAGACCUGGCAGAGUUCAUGAAGCACCUGGCCGACCACUACAACUGCAACUCUCCCUACGAACUGGGUAUCAGGAUAACCAGCAUUGGACUGGCCAUAUCGUCCAUAGGAAAGGUGAAUCGUAAUCAGAGCACCAUCAUGGUUCAGGCCAGAGAUGCGAUACAGAAAGACCUGGAGGAGGAGAUUCAUGAACGCAUGAGGAAGCUGAAAAAGAGCGUGAUGGAGCCAUUGCAAGGGGCCGCCCCCUUUUCCGCUUCAGGAAGCACGGCCUUUAGGAACAGCUACAUUUCUAUGACAGCAGCUGAGGUCGUGCUGGCGGUUUUUACAAAUGCAGAAGGAGUUUUCAGUCCCAGGAUGGCUAAGCACGUCCAGAACUUCCUGAUUCAGGUUUCAGGUGAUCGGUUGGCGACUGCUCUGUUUCAGCUGGCUAUCUGCGGGGGUUCUCUUGACGUUCCAAAGGACUUGGUGCCUAAAGAUAAGCCAUCCAAUAACGUUCAGAUGACUAAAAAUGAGGCUAAACCCGUCACUUCUCUCCCAAGUGAAGCUGCUGUGAAACAGUUUCUUAAAGAAAACCUGUCCGGUCAUACGUCGCCCAUCACUCUGGGCUACAUCGCUGUUCUGGAGAGAAAGUUGGCCAAACAUUUCCAGGUCAACAAUUUUAUCUCAUUACAACAAGGCAGCUUUCUGGAGUUCCUAGUGAAGCACAUUCAGCUACUGCAGGAGACUGUUGGUUUUACUCUCAAUCUGGGCAGCAUCACAGAGGGCAGUGGCUUCAGACCCACCAGACAAGACAUAUUUGAGUUCAUCAAACAGUGUGGAGACAUAACCUCGACUGAUCCAGAUGCACUCUUCCAUAUCGAGUCAGCACUGAGGUCUCACUACGGGGUCCAGGACAGUCGUGACCUUUGCCUCGGCUCUCUGCGGAUGUUGGCCGAUCUUGUCCGACGUCAGAGAGAGAUGUUGGCUGGAGCUGGAAUCAGCGAAGUCUACUAUGAGUCAGCCCUCUUUGCUAACCACAGCAGCCCUCCUGUGGUCAAAGCUCAGGGUGCUUGUGAUACGGUGGGUCUUCUCGGUGAGGUUUCCAAGGUCCAGGCCCUGGCCAGCUUGCUCUCCUGCCCUUUGCUGGAGGACUUAAGUCAGUGGAGCCAGUGGGAUCUCAUCUUUAAACCCUGCCAUGGCUCCCUCAAAGAUUUUAUUGAAAGGAAUGCAGCUAAUAGCGGCCUGGCAGCGCUAGAGGUGUCCCCCGGUUUGCUGCUCAGAAUCACCACCCACACAGGAGACAAGCCUUUUUCUUGUGCUGCUAUGAACCUGGACCCCAUCGGCACAGCGGGCCACCUAUGUGUCCAUGGUGGUAACUGACGGGAUUGCCAAUGCUCCCAUGGCUCUGCUAGCAAAUCACGUGGAG